AUGGCCACUGCUCAAGGCGCAAGGCGCAUGGCGCAUUGCUCCUCGCCUCACCUGCUACAUGCCUCACCUGCUGCAUGCCUCCACACCAAUGUAAGUGGUCGGCUGAGUUUUGACUUUUCUCCGCGCGCGCUGCCUUCUUGCCCUCUCUUCUCUUCCCCUCCCUUCACCUCUCCUACCUUCACCGCCAAUUCCUUCUCCUCCCCUGCUUGCCCCUUCUCCCCUCCAGUCUCUCCUUCCUUUCUCCCCUCUUGCCUUCGCGUACGCACCCCUUGUCCCUCCUCCCGCCUGUCCCCACUUCUUCACCUGCCCCUUCUCCCCACCUCUGCCCUCCUGCUCCGCCCCCUGCCCCCCCUUCUCCUACCCCUCGCCUCGCAUCCCCGCUUCCCCUUCCCCUCCCUGCGCCUCCCCUCCCUGCUCCGCCACCCCUUUCCCUUCCACGUGGCCGCCCGUCGCCACUGCCCCCAUCUGCGCAAACCUCCUAAUUCAAUGCCGUCAGUCGCUCUCUAA